AGAAAUCACUAGGUGCGGUGUGUUUCAUAUUUCCAUGGAGGUAUAUCUCGUAGUGGUUGAACCGAUCAAUACUUCAUGAGUUUCGUUCUGGGUUUGUGAGAGGGUUCAGAGAAGAAGCAACAUUGUGUUACUUUGUACGUUUUUGUAGACAAGUGCAUGCACCACGACAACACGAGUUGUUUGAUAAUCUUUCAAGUAUGUUCAAAGAAAAAAGAAACAGAAUGAUUUAAAUAAUAAUAAUAAUCGAUAUGGUUCAAAUUUGUUUCAAUUUUUCCCAAUGGAGUUUGAUGAUGAUGAUGAUAAUCGUGUGUUGAGUGUUUUUCAAUGGACGUUAUGUGUUUCAUUGAUGUGUGAAUGGAACAAUUUUCAUAAAAUUGCAUUGAAAUUAUUGUUAAAAAGAAUUGUACAAAAAAUUGUUAUCCUUUUGUAAAGUUAAUUAACGAAGAUGAAGAGACAAAACGUUAGAACUUUAUCGUUGGUAGUGUGCACAUUUAUUUACCUUUUGAUUGGUGCUGCGGUAUUCGAUGCACUUGAAUCGGACACCGAAAGGAAACGUCGCGAAUUUUUAUCAGAUAUACGUCGUAAUAUGAUGAAAAAGUAUAACAUAAGCGAGGAGGAUUAUAGAAUGGUGGAAAUCGUAAUUAUUGAAAAUAAACCCCAUAAAGCGGGUCCUCAAUGGAAAUUUGCUGGUGCCUUCUACUUUGCUACAGUUGUUCUCGCUAUGAUUGGUUAUGGACAUUCCACACCUGUCACCAUUGGUGGCAAAGCAUUUUGCAUGGCAUAUGCUAUGGUUGGCAUACCACUUGGUCUGGUAAUGUUUCAAAGUAUUGGCGAACGUUUAAACAAAUUUGCAUCGGUUGUUAUAAGACGUGCAAAGACUUACAUGAGAUGUAAAAAAAACGACGCUACGGAAAUGAACCUAAUGUUGGCUACUGGAUUAUUAUCAAGUAUAAUCAUCACUACUGGUGCUGCGGUAUUUUCACGUUACGAGGGUUGGAGUUAUUUCGAUAGUUUUUAUUAUUGUUUCGUCACAUUAACGACCAUUGGUUUCGGUGAUUUCGUUGCAUUGCAGAACGAUCAUGCACUUUCAAACAAACCAGGUUACGUGGCUCUAAGUCUGGUGUUCAUUUUAUUUGGUUUGGCUGUUGUAGCAGCUAGCAUAAAUCUAUUGGUUCUACGUUUUAUGACAAUGAAUACCGGAGAUCCACGUAGGGAGGAUAACGAUUUACAAAUAACUGCCGAUCACGUGUUAACCUUGGACGGUGAAGUAGUUGCUGUCAAUGGGAAAGCUUUGCCAAAUCUCGUCCCGAUAAUUCACGAUACCGAUGAUUGCGUAAGCGUGUGUUCAUGCACGUGUCUUGGACAAACUAAUUCGGAAUUAUUGGAUUCGUCUGGUUAUCAAGGUUACAGGCCACCAUCAACCUCGGCGAGUUUUCGCGUUAAACGUGCAUCAGUCUGAUGGAAGGAGUUUCGUCGUCGUAGCUUACGUCGUCGACUUUCCAAGGCCGACAGUCGAGAACUUCUUGGCAUUGAUGUUUGAACUCGAAUACAGAAAAAAAAAGGAAAAAGGAAAAAGGAAAAAAAUAAACACAGUAAACGUAAAACAAAUAAAUGAAAGGAAACAAACUGGGGAUGGGGGUGGGGCUGAAAAAAAAAAUAUCAAACAAGGAUAGGACACUGCCAUAUAAGGACAGAUAUUAAAUCAGAAUAAUAUUCUCGGAUUGUCACAUCCGAAAAUCUCAUAAUCAAUAUUGUAAGACUCAUUAUGUGAAGUAAUUUUUUUAAAAAAGAACAAAAAAACGAUGACGAUUAAUAGUAAAUACUUGAAAGAUUAUUGAACUAUUUUGAAAAAGAAACAAAUAUAUGUAUUAUCACAUAAUGUUGUUGAAGAAAUAAGAUCAAUAUUCGAAUAUUUAUUAAACAUUGUACGGGGAAAGAGUUAACCGGUGGUGGUUUUACAUGUAUUGUACGAUUUCAUUAUUGGAUAUUGUAUGUAUAUUGUAUAUUACAUACCGGUGUUUGUUCGAAAAUGAUGGUAUUUUUUUAUGCGAUUUGUAAUUAAAAUCGAUAGUAAAUUUAAGUAUAACGAAAGACUGACGAAACGAUAGAAAAUUUAUUUAAAAAGGAAAAUAGAAAAAAGAACAAUUAAAAGUAGUCGAUGGGAUUAUUAAUAGUCUAUGAUGUAUCUUCUUCCUGUAAAAUAUGAGAUUGAUCACAUUUAUACGUGUUAGUGUUGUUUAAAUAAUAUUUGGAAAUUAUUUCAUAACAUUAUAUCAUUAUUAAUAGAAUCUGAUUAUUAUUUUACAAAGUUUUAUUUAGAUUGUUCAAAUACGUUUUAAAGAGAUAAUUUGUUAUACAUAAAUAGGCGCAUAUAUGUGUUUAUAAAAAAUUAAUGAAAUCGAUCUUAUCAUAUCGAUAAUAUUUAAGUGCGUGGGUAGAAAAAGGGCAUUUUCCUCUUUAAAAUGGUUUUUGUUUGAAGUCUCUACGACUUUUGGUUCGGAAGAUAUUGCCUUCGCAAGAUUUACAUUGAUCGUUCAUUCAUAAAUCGGUCGUAGUAAGCGUAGCGUAACAUCUGUUUACGCAUAACAGCUGACGAUUGUAAACAUUCGUAAUUUCCAAGAAUUUAUGUAGGUCACUCAGUCAUAUCCAAAUAUGAAUG